CGUCGAUCGAGCGGUAGUGCCAGCGAUGGAAGUUUAAAGUUUUAACUUGAACUUCACAGUGUGUGCACUCGCAUAACGUAAGAUGUAUUUUUAGAACGCCGAGGAGCGUAAAAUGACUACGAGAUGCUGUUGGACGGUGGCCCACUAAUACGACGCAGCGGCCAACUUUCCUUUUAACCCGAAAAUCGAGUCAGUCGGUUAAAAAACACAACACAACAUACUCCGGUGCAACAAUUAUGCGAAUCAACCCCAGGAACAAGCGCAAAAUCAACAAAAUUAAAGUGUGUUGCUGAAAAGUGUGUAUUCUCAGUGAAAGGUGCCAUAUUGCGGAUGGAACACAACACAAUGAAAUAAAGGUUAAUUUCGCUGAAGCCAGACACGAAAACCUCCAACGAGUUACUAAAUUAUGAAGACUGAAUGAAACGCGCAAUCAAGUGAGUCUGUGAUAUAAAGAAAAUUUGUGAUAAAGGCGACACAAUGGAUUUCUUGACUGACUACGAUGAGCAGCUGUCGAUAAACGACACCUACAUCACCAAGUUUGGGAACCAGGUGCAAAGGAGGGGCAGGAUUUUCUCCUACACCUUCUGGAGGACAGAAAUCGAGUCGGAGAUAUUUUGGAGCGUGCAGGGAAACAACCCAGAUGGGUCCGCGUGGGUCGUGACUCAGUAUCUGGGGCCUGCCAACGAGGCCAAAAGGUAUCAGCAGGAAUUGAUCCUGCACCACCCCACCGAGAAGAAAAUAAAGCUGGGCUACAGGUCGUUGUGCACCAAGGGAAUGAAUUGCAUCAAGAUUUCCAGGGAAAUUGUCCAUCAUUUCAGGGACUUGAACAACGAUUUCCAUUUCGAGUUCAGGUUGAUCAAACUGAAGAGGAGGCCGUACCCGCAAAGAAUGUUAUAAGUGUUGCCAAUUGUAUUUAGUUGAAAACUAACAGUUACCAAGAGACUUACUGAAAGUGACAGUGUUUUUACUGUUUUUGUUUUGUACUAAC